UCCGAAAGGGACUCGUACAAGGAGAUCAUCUUCUCAAACACCAUCCAGUCAAUGUGGGAAAUCCUCGAAGCCCUCCCACAACUCGACCUAACCCUCGCACCGCAAAACGACGCCCGCCGCGCAACCAUCAUGGCCCUCCCCAUGCAAAUCGAAGCAGACGUCCUCCCACGAGACGUCGUCGACGCCGUGCGCUCCCUCUGGCGUGACCCCGGCGUCAAAGAAGCCGUGCGUCGUUCCCGGGAGUUCCAGCUGAACGAUUCAGCAGUGUACUACUUCAACUCGAUCGACCGUAUGGCAGCUACGAAUUACAUCCCUACCGACCAGGAUAUCUUACGGAGCAGGGUGAAGACGACGGGAAUUACGGAGACGUCGUUA